GCAGUACUAUUUUGAUAAGAUUGAUAUAUUCAGAAACAAUCCAAAAGAAAUGUGGAAAACACUAAAAAAAUUAGUUAAUAAAAAUGAUCUGAACACUCCACUCAAUAUAAUUUUUGAUACAUUAGAUGAGCAAAAAACUAUAAAAGACAACUUAGAAAUAGCACAAAGUUUUAAUCACUACUUUAUUGAAAGCAUUCACAGUAUAGUUCAUAGUAUAAAUAUUAAUGAAGACUGGACCAACUUAAAUAAUAAUAUAUACAUGCCAUUCGAUAAAUUUGAAGUACUCACAAUGCCUCACUUACGAAAAAUAAUCCGCGGCAUGAACAAUAAAUUUUCUAUUCAUGAAAUAUUGAACUGUAGGAUGCUAAAGGAGAUAUUUGAAACUAUAGGACAUGCUAUUCUAAAUUUCGUUAAUACAUCGUUAACUACUGGUGAAAUUCCACAAAGUUUGAAAAUUAGCACUAUUGUACCAAUUCAAAAAGUUCCUAAUACCAAUAAAGCUGAUGAAUUUCGCCCAAUCAAUACAUUACCACCUAUCGAAAAAUUACUCGAAGUGGCUGUAUACGAUCAGUUAUUACAUCAUGUUGAGUCAAAUUGUAUUUUAAUGAAUAAUCAGUCAGGAUUUCGAAAACAGUUUUCAUGCGAGUCCGCGUUACAAUUAACUUUAUGCCAUAUAAAAACUCAAUUGGAUAAUAAGAAAUAUGUAAUUACUGUGUUCCUUGAUCUGAAGAGAGCAUUCGAAACCAUUNCCAUAUGUUUCCUUUUCCAUGUAGCUCGAUACUUUAUGGCACACGGAAUAUUUCGGGUACUUUAG